GCGGGGGCGGACGGACCAACCAACCAACCACUCGGUGAGGGAGGAGCGGCCAUGGUGGGCGCCGGUGCCGCGCGGCUUCUCGGGGCCUCGCUACGCCAGGCCAGGCCUCUCUGCCAGGCGGUGGUCGGCGGCGGACCGGCGAGGUUGAGGGGUGCGCGGCGGCUGGAGAAUAACUGGAGGUCCAAUACAGCUUUCCUCUCGCCCACUGUGGCAAGGGACAUGUCCCUGGGCACAUCUCCGUCCAAGGACAGCCACAGUGCACCCGAGCCGAUCAAGUUUUCCAGUAGCAAAGCAAGCCACCGUAAUUGGACAGUGGACAGAUCCAUGGGCAGUAGAUUCCAGAGGCCCUGGUGGCAGGUUCUCCCCAUCAGCCUGUUUGGGAUUAUAUUCUUAACCUGGUGCAUCCUGCGGGAAGAGACAAAAAUCGACAGAAUGCUGGAAAAGGCACUGAAAGACCAUCUGCCCGGUUACGAGGAUCUGUAUGAGGUACCAGAGGAGAGUGAAGAUCAGCCUGGUAAAGGAGCAUAACCCUGGGGGAUAUAAAACACGGACCUAGUUUCUAUGUCAUUGCUGUCUGCAGGAGAAUCCAGACAUAUCCAGUGACCAUCAAUGAAGUCUGUACACCUCAGAGUGUUUGAAUGCCGGCUCUUUACAUGAAUGUACAAUUUGCAAACACUGACUGGCUUGAUUGGAGGUGCGUUUUUCAUCUGUGACCAGAGAAGAGUGAUCCCUCGGCCCUCUCUUUUCCCUUCCUCCGAGUGAAACAUUGAUGAAUAAGGUCAUACGUGUAAUCUCUUGGUUGAUAAAUGCUGCGAGAAAGGAAGGGAAGCUUGUGUGCUUGUCCCAAUGUCUCACAGGAUACUCGUUUCAGCGCUCCAAGACACUACCCUAUGUGAAGGCCACGAUAUAAAUACAUGUUGUAUCUCAUGUUACUGAGACGUAAAUACGAGAGGCUGUGGAUCCCUGCUCUGUUAAUCUCAGCUACAGUGGAGUUGGGCUGCAGCUGUGUUCUUGGACUAGCUGGUAAAGAAGUCAACAUGAUGCUUAUAAUAAUAAUGAUGAUAAUUAUGAUUAGCCCUCCGCCCGUUUCAUGUCCCCCGCCUUGCUCACCCCACCAUUGGUGGGUGGGCCUUCUGCCACUCUGCCCCCACCCUCUGGAACUCCAUCCUGCAGUCCCUCCACCUCGCCCCCUCCCUUGCCUUCUUCAAAACCCAUCUCAAGACCCUCCUCUUCGACCGUGCUUUCGGUCACCCUGCUUCCCCACCCCCCGCCGUCCCCAGGUCGGAUCCGAAACUCUGACUAGCCAGCAGCUUGGGACAUCCUCUCGACGUGAAAGGAUGUUGUUGUUGAUAAUACUUGAUGCAGAACCUUUCACAUUGGGAGGAUAUCUCAAAGUGCUUCACAGGGUAUGCUUUGAAGUGUAGUGACUGUAUUGUAGGAGAUUGUGACAGCCAGUUUGCACAGAGCAACCUCUUGCAAACAAUUAAGAAGAAAGGCAGAUUUUAUCAGGAUUGUCAGCCAGGACACCGGGAGAGAAACCCUCAUCUCUUUUCCAAUAGUGCCACGGGAUCUUUAAUGCCCACCUGAACAGGGCACAGAUGGAAGCUCGGUUUAACAGUCUCAUUGUCCCUUGUUUGCACAAAGUGAGAAAGGGUUGAAUUGUCUCAUCGUAAUGAAAAUGUUGGCAGUUGCGAAUGGGGAUGUUUAAAAAUUUUUAUAAUAAAAUAAUUUUAAAGUAAAAUAAAUUUAAAAAACAUCUUUGUGAUGAAUUGCAAAGAUAGUGCGAAGUUUAGAUGAUUGUGGAGUUCCUCAGUGCAUUGUAUCAGACCGGGAGUGUUUAUCUCUGCGGCUGCCCAGGCAAGCUCUAGCAGCCAACAGGAGGCCAUUCAGCCUGUCAAAUCUGUGCCACCUUUUCAUUGAGAGAUCUUUUAAUCGCAAUGCUCUGCUUAUUUUCACAAAGGGAAGAAAUAAUAAUAAUCCUUGCAUUUGAUAUAGCGCUUUUCACAUCUUCUCGGCGUCUCAAAGCGCUUCACAGAAUAGACUGUAAAGUGUUAUUAAACAUCACUAUGGAGCACCCGAACAAAUGAA